GGGUCCGCCACUCCUCCUCCCCCCUGUAAAACCAGCUGCAAAUAAACCAUUUCCAAGCAGCAUUCCCAUCCAGCCAUAACCCUUCCCAUGUUAUUGCAGAGCAUCAUUUUCUGACUUCUGAAAGCAUAUAAGCUCCCUAAGCUUUUCUCUAUAAAUAGAUUAUCUUAGGUUGGGUGAAUAGCAAACAGAGUGGCUUUUUUAAUACCAUUGAUUACAUCCCUGCUGGCAGAGAUGCUCCUGCCAAAAAGUUAGGCAGGCUUCAGAUGCAUAAAUAAGGCUUAAUAAUAGUAAUGUAUGUGUGCAGAGUAGUUACUCUUACCAGAGCAACUACAUUCACAGGGCUGCAGUGUCCUAAACUCUACAAUAAUAGUAGGUUGAGGAGCAGUAAUUAGAGAAGAGUAUUAAUCAUGCCCAGCCUGUCAUUUAGGCUCUGGCCAUUAUGUUACGUAUCCCUGCAUUUUGCAUGUCGUUUUCUAACAUGAAGUGUGUGCAGCAGCUGCUCCAGAGAUCCUUUCAGUUAUUUCCCUAUGACAGAUUUGGCCACAUUAAAGCAUUGAGUUUUUAAUAAUCACUGGAAAUACUGUAGAGUAAUAAGAAAGAUCAGGCAUUAAGUAAUGAGUAAAUAGGCAAGAUGGAAGCUAAUGAGCUGGAUUCUUUUAUCUCAACCCAUAUUAUGAAAAUAAUAUAAAAUUAUACCUUGCACUUUCAUGAUAGCAACUGGAUCUAAAUGGUUAUUCAUUUAAAUAUGAAUGAGUAAUUUCUGUUUUAUUUAAAAUGGUAGGAUAAUUUUAACAUCAUGACGUGAACAUAGAAAAGAGCUGUUUUGAGCAGGCUUUUUUUCCCCCCCUCAUUACAUGCUUACAUUUUAAUCCAUUCUAGAGAGAACUUAGGGUAUUUUGGCAGUGACAUCUGUAAGCAGAAUUUCUAUUCAGGAGUUUGAAGGCAUCAUAGCCAUGUUCUGUAAGGACAAAGCAGACCACAGGUUAUUUACAGAGGAGGCCUGUGGGACACAUCAGGAAGGCAGUGCCAAUCUUAAUGGAUUCCAAGGCUACCACCAAAAGAGCAAAACAACAGGGCUUUUUUCAUUCUAAUAAACAAAAUACAAAAGCAAUUUGUAUUACUGUAUUGACUGAAUGUCACUUCCCAGUAAACCAUUUUGAGUAGCUUUGAUCCUGGCUUGGAUGCUUGACAUGUGUGCUUGUGAGUUUAUUCUAAUGAAAACGUUACAGGCAGUGUAAAUGUCAUCAGUGUGACAGUCCUUGAAUAAUUAAGAUGGUUUUUGUCAUGCCUCUACAUUUUUGGGAGGGUUUUGUGGCUUGCAAGUAAUGAAGGUGCAUCCCCUUAGCCCAGUGUCUACAUAUUUUUAUCCUUUCUUAAAGAUACAAAAGUAAAAAAAAAUUACCUGUUUAACUAUUAGUUGUUUGCAGAUAAAAUUAAUUCUGCCUUCUUCUGCACUGAGAAAAAUGGAGAUAAACACCACAGUAUUUCAUGAGACCUUUAAAAAGUUUGUUUUGAAGACACACUGGCCUGUAUUUAAAUCUCAGUCUAAAUACAGACUGAAAUUUAAAAAGAUAAAUGUUCAGAUUGCCAAACCUUGGUUUCAUUUCACGUGGUGGCAAAAACUACAGUUGCACUGAGCAGUUCAGGGAUUCAGAUCACGUGGAUUUUAGAGCUGGGUUGCAAUGACUGAUAUGCAUAACACUAAAGUGCAAGUGAUUGAGAGCUUUAUCCCAUAAAAUGAAAAAUACUCUAUAUUUUAUAGACACCUGUUCUAAGAAGUCAGGAGAAGAUGGUUGGCUGUUGGUUUUUCACCUCUGGGCCAGUGUCUCUCAGUGCCAAAAUUGAGAGGAAGGGAUACUGUAAUGGAGAAGCCAUCCCAAUCUAUGCAGAAAUUGAGAACUGCUCUUCUCGUUUGAUUGUUCCAAAAGCUGCCAUUUUCCAAACACAAACUUACCUGGCCAGUGGGAAGACAAAAACCUUCCGUCAGAUGGUUGCCAAUGUCCGAGGAAACCACAUUGCCUCUGGGAGUACAGAUACCUGGAAUGGGAAAACUCUGAAAAUCCCACCUGUAUCCCCAUCUAUACUUGACUGCUGCAUUAUUAGAGUAGAAUAUUCAUUAGCUGUGUAUAUCCAUAUUCCUGGUGCUAAGAAAUUGAUGAUUGAAAUGCCUGUGGUGAUUGGCACUAUUCCAUGUAUUGGAUUUUCAAGCAGAAACUCCAGCAUUACCAGCCAGUUUAGUAUGGAUAUGAGUUGGCUGGCAUUGACCAUGCCUGAACACCCUGAAGCACCACCAAAUUAUGCUGAUGUAGUGUCUGAGGAAGAGUUUUCCAGACAUGUUCCUGCUUAUCCACCUCCCAUUGACUGUGAGGAACAGUUGUGUUGUCCUGUCUUUGCUUACAUACAAGAGUUCCGGUUUCAGCCUCCACCUCUUUAUUCAGAGAUUGAUCCACAUCCAACUGAUGUAGAAGAAGUUCAGCCUGUUUCAUUCAUGCUCUGAGGAUUUGUAAUGAGCAUCAUUGUGAUGAAUGUCUUAAUCUUUCUGCUGCUUAAGCUGGUAGUGCAGCUAAAAAGGAAACAGUUUUCUUUUUCAAAACUUCAGUCUGUGUACGAGAAAGGCAAAGGAAAAUGGAGAAGGAGGUAUGAGCACGUUUGGUGAUAAAAGAGAACCUGCUGGAUUAGUCUGCACAGAGGAUAACAGGAGCAGCUGAGCUUGGGAUACUUGAGAAGUACCUGAAAAUACUGAAACGAAAAUGCAUCAAUGAAAUACUGAAUGUUUUCCAAAAAGUGGAUACACUACACAAAGUACGAGGAGGAGGAGAUGUGUGGAUCUUCUGAGGAGAAAAGAAUUUAUGUUUUGUUUGCAACGCUCUGGAAGAAUGUACAUAGUGACGUCGAGAGCUCCUGUAGUAGAACAGAAUGUGGGGUGAGAAAACAUUUCCAAAAGAUUCCAGUGUUCAAGGGGCUUCAGCUUUGCACUGUCUGCAUCCAAAAGAGGGGCACUACUGCAACACAGAGCGAACUCUUAACUCCAUAUUUGAUGGGAGCCUGCCCUUCUCACAACUGCCAAGUGGUACUAUUUCCUCAUUCAUCAUGAUCCUGAGGACACCCGCCGUGGAUGACAGAAUGGCUGUUACUCAAUAUUACAAAGGCAACCAUUUCCUGAAUGCAAGACACAAGUGUGGAACAAACUGAACUUUGAGACGAGCUUAUGCACUAUGCUUUCUUUCAAGGGAUUUCUUAAGGGAAUUACUCUAACCUCUUCUACUGUGAGUUCUUCUUCUGCAUCUUAAGCCUAUGGAUAGCAUGAUAAGGGGAAGCUUGGCAAGGGAGAAACCUUCUGCCAGCAGCAGGUAUACUUAGCAAAAUGGACAAUAUUUAUUUAUUCAGAAGCCUUUAUAAGCCUACCUCUGUUUUGGAUAUUUACUUAUGGUCAGAUUUGAGACCAAAAAAAGUCUUGUUAAAGCUCCAGUAUACUUCAAGGUUCUAAAAGGGACCCUAAAUGGUUUCUGUGGUUAGUGAAUGAGAUAUGAGGUGUAGGGAGAGGUGUAAAUAUACCCAGAAUAGACAUAGCUUAUAACUGAAGUGAAAGCAGACAUCAGGGGAACAAAGUCCUCUGGUAAUGGCACAAAGCUUUUCAUUACUCCUGCAUUUUUGUCUAAAGAUCUAUUGUCAGGGGCUGCACUGGUCAAUUGCUAUCCAUACUAUAUAUGUUGGUGUGUUUCCUUGUUUGUUUUUGCUGUUUCAUUUUGUUUUGGUGCAAUAUUUUAAUGUUUUCUUCCUCAGGUCAUUUAGAACAGUGAGAGUUUGUUGCUGCUAAGAGUGAAGGCACAGCAUUUACUUGCCCUUCUGCUGCCUUCAUUUAAAAGUAGAGUGUUUGCUUCCUGCCAGCCAUCAAUUGGGAUCAGUAAACAAUCACCAACAGAUCACUUACAGGAGCAGAAAACAGCAUUGUCAACAUGCAUGUUUACAGUCCUGUCUUUGAAAUACAGGGGAUUUUGGACUCCUAGAAAUACUCCAUAUGUCUUACAGAAGGGUUUGGGGUUAAACCCCGGUGCUUCAUGUGGUAGAACAGUGUAUUUUCUGAUAACUACAAAAAUAGCAAUUCAUUCCAUCAAUAACUGCAGUUUAAACAAAGUCUAAAUGUUUUUUAUGAAAUCUGUCUCUUCACUUAAGAAGCAGGGAUUUUUCUACAGGCAUACACAUGCAUGUAUUUAGUCUCCUUUUAGUUUUACUUCCCUUACAUUGUCUAAUUUCUAGCACUUCACCUCAAAUCCCUUUUGCAUCAGUGUGAAAGACAGACUGCUGGAGAUUCACAUUUCUAAACUGCAGUUACUCCUUUCAUUUGCAACAUUUAGUAUUGUCUUCUACAGCAAAUGCAGCUUUAACCAAAAUUUGAGUGCAUGAUUUAGAAAGGACAUUCUAAAAAUGAUUAUUUAAGUCUCAAGGUGUAGCUCUCAUGCCUUUUUAUUUAUUCAAGUGAAGGCCUGCCCAUACAAUCAAUGCAGGAUUUUCAUUUACAUCAUCUGGAAAGGGAACAAGCAUCUUUUCCUUAAACAGAUACCAUUAUAGUUACUUGAAAAGUAAUUUGGUCUUGUAAUAACUUGCAUGGUAAUAAUUUAAAAUAUUAGCUUAAAGAACAUUAGGUGCUUUUUUGGACUGUAAUACAUGAUAGGUGAUGUGUGCUACCUGGUAUACUAAUGGUCAAGCAAACAGCAGUAUGAAGGGUAAAGGUGUGCUUUUUUUUUUUUUUUCCUAAAAUCUUUGAGUUGUUUUCUAUUCUUUGCAGAUAAACUGUGGCCUUAGAUUGUUUGCUGCAAAAAAGUCGACUAUUAUGUGUUUCUUAGGAAGCACACAUGGCCCUUCAAAGGAGGGGUGAAAACAAGAUUAAGUUCUGCUCUCUGGCACUUGGCUUAGUGCAGAAAUUGAUCCUUAAAAAUAAUUACUGUUUGCACAAUAAUAAGUUCAAUAUGCAGGGGCUUUGUUUUGAUAACUGUGAAACAGUUUAAAAGAGACAAAAUAAAAAAAGCUGUUUAACAUACAGGAACAUGAUUGUAUUUUGUACUAAUGAAUGAGCCCCAUGGGUUCUUUGUUAAUAAAAGUGUCAAAUCUA